GCGGCACAACUGUCUUGAUACCGUUUGAGAAAGGAUCGCAAGGUUUAAUCGAAGUUUCAACAGAAGUAUAAAAUAUUCCACAUCUUAUUAUUUCAUAGAAGAUUAUUUGAAGGAAGGAGCAGGUAAUUAAGCCGAGGAGCAUGAAGCCCUCAAUUAAAAACAUGAAUUCCAUUUUCUUUGUGAUACUUCUGGUAAUCAUAGUAGAUUCAACGCUCGGUACCAUUGACGAUGCUGAUCGCGAACUGAUGACAGCGAAUUUUCCAUACGGGAGAGGCGACAAUGAGCUACAACUAGCGAGGAUACUCUACCUACUACCUCAGCGUGGAAUCAUGUGUCAUCCAAAACGCAAUUCGGAGAUCAUCAAUUCACUCCUAGGGCUGCCGAAGAACAUGAACAAUGCAGGGAAAUAAGAUGAAGAAUUAUUCUUAACGUAGUUUUGGAUUAUAAAAGCAUUACUGUGGAGUGUUGCACAAAAAUAUAUUUAUCUCGGCUGCACCAAUUAGAGCUUUCACUCGUUGUAUUAUUGUAAUCCAAAAAGAUACGAAAUUUCGUCUAUCAAAUCAAUUAAAAAAUCUCAUUGAUGUAUCAUGGAAGUAUUCUAGAUAAAUAAACCCGAAUAAUGUGAAAAU